CCAGGUACGAGAUAGACUUCGAUGUGCACGGACGUACACGAAGCGGCUCUGGAAAUCUUUCUUAGUCUCAGAGGACGAUAGUGUUUAAGAGAUUAUUAUCCGUUUUCUUUUAAGGAGAAACAAAAAUAUAUUUUUUUCCAUUUUUUUUUGUUUUGAUUUGGAGAAGCCGUAGACUCGAUGUUAUAGUGUGUUUAAAAAAAAAAGCGGAAGAUCUAAACCAAUCAAAUCUCGAUGUGCGGGUCACGAGGGUGAAGUUGAUGGACCUUUCUAGUCCUUUGUCACCUCGUGCCAAAGACUUCAGCAUCGCUUCUCUCAUGUCUGGUCCUGGCGCCCUGCACCCCCUUCUCGACCACAGCGGCGCACUCGUCAACGGCUCGCAGUCUGGUGGUGCUAGCGCUGGUAGUGGUUGUGGUAGUGGUCCUGGGAUAGCGUCGCAAAGGACCACGGACUGUGUGUACGAUUGGCCACCAACUACUGCGUACAACUCGUCCAUCAACUCAAUGGAAGCUUGUGUGAUCGGAUCCAGCGCCUGCAUGGGUCGAAUGUUCGACACCCUGCGAUUCGACCAGCCCCCCGACCACCCCACCCCGGCGUCCCACACCCACUGCGGACGCCCGUCCCCGGAGCUGGAAGACGUGAAACACGACUCUGACUGCUCCAGUGCGGACCUGUCCGGGUCGGAGCUGGAGAAGGAGCGUAGCAGCAGUAUCGAGGGCGCCCUCAAACUGGACCAGCCCAGCAAGCCCCUGCACGUCAAGCUGGUCAACGCCAGCGCCCAGCUGGAGAUGAAACAGCUGUGGGAUGAGUUUGACAGCCUGGGUACCGAGAUGAUUGUCACGAAGCUGGGAAGACGGAUGUUUCCAACAUUUCAAGUUCGACUAUUCGGCCUUGACCUCAACAGUGAUUACACGGUGAUGAUGGACUUUGUACCCGUGGACGACAAGCGGUAUCGAUACUCGUUCCACACCUCUAGCUGGGUGGUGGCAGGAAAGGCCGACCCCCACAUGCCGGGGAGAAUCCACGUCCACCCUGACUCAGCUGCCCGGGGCCCCCAGUGGAUGAAGCAGGUCAUCUCGUUCGACAAGCUCAAACUGACCAACAAUCUCAUGGACACUAACGGCCAUAUUAUCCUCAACUCCAUGCACAAGUACCAGCCCCGUCUGCACGUGCUAUACACCCCGCCCAAGUCAGAGAACAUCACUGGCACCGAGAACCAUCGCACUUUCAUCUUUCCUGAGACCAAGUUCAUGGCCGUUACGGCCUACCAGAACCAGAGGAUAACACAACUGAAGAUUGCCAGCAACCCGUUUGCUAAAGGUUUCAGAGACUGUGAUCCCAACGAUUGCAUGGCGGAGCUACUCCAGAUUAGUUCCGGGUGCUCGACACGCCCACGCCCCCAACACAGACCAAACUCAUUUCAGCUGCUGGGGGUGUCCAGGAAGAGAGAGGGAGAAAAGGAUCAAAGUCAAGACGAGUACCGAGGUCUUCUGGCAAGCUCCACGCCCCCACUCACGCCCAUGACCGCCAUCCCGCCCAUGGGGAGCAUGGCCGGCAUGACGAUGCUGAAUAACCCCCUGCAAACCGGGCGCUCCCCCAACCUCUACGCCGACUGCUACAGCUAUCCCCCCUACGCCGAUCCUUACAUGGCCUCGUCCAAAGCGCGACCUUCACCUUACGGUUGCCCAGUCGACUACGCCACAUACUCUCAAAACAUGAAAGGGAUUUAUUCUCCGCCAAGAACGAACAAUUUUGCAUACGGAUAUGACGCACGAUGAUUAUGAAUGACUCACUUCAUCAACAUGGAUAUCCAUUUUUCAGUUUCUAUUUAUAGCUUCAAACCGACAUGACUUACUUUGAUGACCUACUUUAAUCUACGAAAAGUUGGUCAUCCCUUUUUUGCCUUUCUGGAAUUUUUACGCUUCAAAUUACGUCAAAUAAUAACUAAUUGUGACAAUGGACGAUAAAAACUAUUUUUUGCUCAAUAUUUGCUUUGGAACUCACGGAAUUCAUUAAUUAUUUUUUAAUUAAAACAAUGUUUAUUAAUUAUAUUUGUUUGAAAACGGAAAGUAUGUUUCUCUAUAUAGACCUACAUAGGGCGGUGACAAUGAGCAAUCCACUUUGAAACUGUAAGCGCUGUGUUCAAUUUCAGACUGCUUCACACUGCACUGUGGUAAAGACUGAUCACACAUUGUGCUAGCUAUACUAUAUCUUGAUGUACUGUAUGGUGUAUCAUGCCAUCCAACUAUUUUUUCCAUAUCCCUUUAAUAAAUUGUAUUUUUUUUUUCAAUCCAUUAGUAGACAUAUGUGGUUGUUACCAUUUAGACAAUACCUAUUUGUAGUUAAAAAACUAAUCGUAAAAAUAUUUCAGCUGUGUAUAUCAUUCAAAACUAGCCACAAAAAUAUGCUUUUCUUUGCAAAUUUCAGUGAAGUCCAGUAUUACAAAAUCAUGUUUGUACGUACACAUCUAUAAAAUUAUGUUGGCUAUAAAAAUGUACAAGUUCUUGUACACCCAGCUAAACCAGUUUGUGUACACCCCUCCCUGCCCCUACCCAUAACUUAACCUUGCUUAAGCCGCUGCCCCCCCCCCCCCUCCACCAUGCGCUUGAUGCCCGGUUGUUUAGAAGUUAAAAUAAAAGAUAAACCAUUUCAACAAGGCCAUCCUUUCUCCGCCCUCGUUCAUUUACCUUACAGAAACAAAUUCACAACUUGUUGCUUUGAAUUAUGUGAUUUCAACCGGCGUUUUGAGGCUAGAAAACUAUAUUUUGAAUGGCUUUUAAGAGGUGUAAAUUAAAGUGUAAAAUAAAGCUUAAAUUUAAGUUAAAUGGCUUUUUAAAGACAAAAACUUAUUUUGUUUUUAAAUAGCUUUUUGAAGGCUGAAAAAUUCAAAGCUUAUAUAAAACUACUACACGUUUUAAAAAAAGAAAAAAAGAAAGCUGUUUUUAGAGAAUGUAAGACUAAAAAUUUGUAACAGUUUUAAAUGACUAAAAUUUAAAAAAAAACUUUUUAAAAAGACUAAAAUAAGUCUUUUAAAAAGCGUGGAAUGUUUUUUUUUUUACGGUUUAAAGUCUGUAAAAUUUAAAGUUUUCUUUAUUUUGUUUUACAGUAAUUAAAAUUGAAACCAAAUCUGGCUUUUUACUGAGUGUAGAAUUUUAAAUGUUUAAUCGCUUCACUAGGACUUUACUGUGAUAGUGAAAAUAAAACUAAUAUUUCGUCAUUAUUUGACCAAUCUUUAUAAAUACCAUUUUCUCAAUACCUUAACCACUUUCGAAAUGGAAAAAGUUUUAAGCAUGCAGUGGUGGACUUUUAUUUCCAUAAACUAAAUCAAUCAUUACAUUUACCUUACCCUAUUUUAAUUUUUAUCGUUCCCUACCCCAUUCCUAAGUUUUAAAAUCGUGAGUCGUUCAAAAUUGACUUAACACACAUAGGGGUGGAGGGGUUGGAGUCGUUCAAAAUUGACUUAACACACAUAGGGGUGGAGGGGUUGGAGUCGUUCAAAAUUGACUUAACACACAUAGGG